CGCCCUGCGGUUGGCAUAGUAACAGCGGCGGUGCGGCCUGGGGGUCAGGAUGAAGCUGUACUGCCUGUCUGGUCACCCGACACUGCCUUGCAAUGUCCUCAAAUUCAAGUCAACCACGAUCAUGUUGGACUGCGGGCUGGACAUGACCUCUGCCUUGCACUUCCUUCCUCUCCCACUUGUGCACAGCCCAAGGCUGUCUAAACUCCCAGGCUGGAUAUUGAAAGACGGGAACAAUGUGCUGGAAAAGGAGCUGAAGGAAUGUGCUGGCCGGGUGUUUGUUGACUCUGUCCCAGAGUUCUGCCUGCCUGAGACUGAGCUGCUGGAUCUGUCCACGGUCGAUGUGAUCCUCAUAUCGAACUACCAUUGUAUGAUGGCCUUGCCUUACAUCACGGAGCACACGGGCUUCACUGGCACAGUGUACGCCACAGAGCCCACCAUGCAGAUCGGCAGGCUGCUGAUGGAAGAGCUGGUGAAGUUUAUCGAGAGGGUUCCCAAGGCACAGGCAGCCACCAACUGGAAGUCCCGGGAAAUGCUCAGGCUGCUGCCUGGGGGCCUGAAGGACGCGGUGGAAGUUACCACAUGGAAACGCUGUUAUUCGCUGCAGGAGGUGAACCUGGCCCUCAGCAAAGUCCAGCUAGUCGGCUACUCCCAGAAAAUAGAGCUGUUCGGGGCUGUGCAGGUUACUCCACUCAGCUCCGGCUACUGUCUGGGCAGCUCUAAUUGGAUCAUCCAGUCGCACUAUGAGAAAGUGGCCUACGUGUCGGGGUCCUCCCUGCUCACCACCCACCCCCAGCCCAUGGAACAGACAUCACUGAAGAACAGUGAUGUGCUAAUCCUGACCGGACUAACACAGAUUCCCACCGCCAACCCUGAUGGCAUGCUGGGGGAGUUCUGCAGUAACUUAGCUGUGACCAUCCGGAGUGGUGGGAACGUGCUGGUUCCAUGCUACCCCUCAGGGGUAAUCUAUGACCUGCUGGAGUGUCUGUACCAGUACAUCGACUCCGCCGGCCUGUCCAGCGUCCCCUUCUACUUCAUCUCACCUGUUGCCAACAGCUCACUCGAAUUUUCACAGAUCUUUGCAGAAUGGCUCUGUCACAAUAAGCAAUCAAAGGUCUAUCUGCCGGAACCCCCAUUCCCACACGCGGAGCUAAUCCAGACCAACAAGCUCAAGCACUACCCCAGCAUCCAUGGGGAUUUCAGCAACGACUUCAAGCAGCCGUGUGUGGUGUUCACCGGCCACCCCUCCCUACGCUUCGGAGAUGUGGUACACUUCCUGGAGCUCUGGGGCAAGUCCAGCCUCAACACCAUCAUCUUCACAGAGCCAGAUUUCUCCUACCUUGAUGCAUUGGCACCUUACCAGCCACUGGCUAUGAAGUGUGUUUACUGUCCCAUUGACACUCGACUAAACUUUAUACAAGUUUCUAAGUUACUGAAGGAGGUGCAGCCCUUACACGUUGUGUGCCCGGAGCAGUACACACAGCCCCCCCCAGCACAGUCCCACCGCACAGACCUGAUGAUUGACUGUCAGCCGGCAGCCAUGGCCUAUCGCAGGGCAGAGGUCCUCACCCUCCCCUUCAAACGUCGUUUCGAGAGGAUCGAGCUCAUGCGUGACUUGGCUGAAUCACUGGUGCCCUCUGAGAUCAAGCCCGGUGUUUGCAUGGCCACAGUCUCAGCCGUGCUACAGACCAAGGACAACAAACAUGUUCUACAGUCACUGCCGAAGCCAGCGCCCCCUGUAACGGGGAAGAAGAGGAAACGGGUGAUGGAGUGCACCCCGGAAUUCAAACCUCCCAAACCACUGCUCUGCGGCUCCAUCAGCAUCGAGCAGUUUGUGCAGAGUCUGGAGAAGCAUGGCAUCGCAGACAUUAAGGUUGAGGACACCCCUGAGGGCCACAUCAUCCACCUGCAGGCAGAGGACACCCUGAUCCAGAUCGACGAGGAUUCCACGCACAUCAUCUGUGACAACAACGAACCUCUCCGCACCAAGCUGCGAGAUGUGGUGCUCAAAUUCCUACAGAAACUGUAACCUGCCAGGAACUCAGCCACCAGACACCACAGCCACCAGACACCACAGCCACCAGACACCACA